GGAAAUGCGAAUGCGACCAUUUGAAGAACAAUGAGGCUGGCUUGACCCCUUCUUCCUUUCAACGCCUUUCAUUCCCCCUUCACGUCUCUGUUUCCUGUUCCCUUUCAUCAAAAGCUUUCCAUUCAUGCUUAAGCGAAUGACAAGCAAAUUCCAUCUACAUCACGGUCAUAACAAGGAUCCAGUUGAUAUUAGUUCCUCAGAAUCCAGUACGGGGUCGUCUCUACUGGGCCAAUACGACCAUCGCGGAUCGAUAUCGACGCAGAGAACAUCUCUCAGUGUCAGUGACUGGAGCAAACGGGGGGACAGUCUGGAUUAUGACCCGGCUGAACAAGUGGCGAGGAGAGCUAAGGGUACAUAUCGUCUGUCAGAUUUCAUUAUACAACGUACGCUUGGAACAGGUAGCUUUGGCCGAGUGCAUCUAGUGCGGAGCAAGCACAAUCUCCGGUUCUACGCCGUCAAGGUCCUUAAUAAGCAGAGAGUGGUCAAGAUGAAGCAGGUCGAGCAUACGAAUAACGAACAGCAGAUGCUUGGAUUUGUCCAACAUCCUUUCAUCAUCAAUCUCUGGGGAACGUUCCAAGAUACAUCUAACCUGUACAUGGUCAUGGAUUUUGUUCCCGGUGGCGAGCUUUUCACGUUAUUGAGGAGGUCAAAUAGAUUCCCGGACCCCGUCGCCAAGUUUUAUGCCGCGGAAGUCGCACUAGCACUCAAUCACCUGCAUAAACUCGAUAUCAUCUAUCGCGAUCUCAAGCCUGAAAACAUCCUACUAAACUCGGAUGGCCAUAUCAAAAUCGCUGACUUUGGUUUCGCGAAGAUCUGCUCGACGACGACGUGGACUUUGUGCGGAACGCCCGAUUACCUUGCCCCAGAGAUCAUUGGUCAACAUCGUUACAACAAAAGUGUCGACUGGUACGCUUUGGGUGUUCUCAUUUUUGAAAUGUUGUCGGGCCUUCCUCCAUAUCAUCAACCUGAAGCAAACCAACUCAAACUCUACGAGAAGAUUCACCAAGGACCCACACACAUACGAUGGCCAGCAGCUUUUAGCCCUCUCGCUACGGAUUUGAUUCUCAAACUCAUGGAGGGUAAUCCUUCGAAACGUUACGGCAACUUGCGACAUGGUGCUGGAGACGUAUUUGCGCAUGGGUGGUUUAGGGAAGUAGAUUGGGACAAGCUUGGGGCUCGUGAAAUACAAGCUCCGUAUAUACCAAAGAUCCAAGGUGAUGGCGAUGCAAGCGCCUUCGAUAAAUAUCCGGAGGACAACGCCUCUGCAGCAUACGGAGUGCUUACUCCCGAUCCCUAUGGACUUGAAUUCCCGGAUUUCGAUUAUGCUUUAUGAGAAGAGGAGUUUUCACAUCUGUUCUGUUACAUUUUCAUUGGAUUAUGCAGGUUGUAACGAAAUGGGCGCCUUUUCUCCUCUUUGUAUACCGUUUGGUUACUUUCAUUCCGAUUGUUUGCGUGGUUGUGACGAUCCGACAACUAUCA